AUGUCCAACCAUCUCGCCAAACAGCUCAAGGCUCUUCACAAGCCAUCCGCACCCAUCAUCUUCCCCAAUGUAUGGGAUGUAGCUUCAUUCAACACAGUCAAGUCUCUCAACACAGCGACAUCCAAGCCUGUCAAAGCACUUGCUACAGCAUCUUGGGCUGUUGCUGCUACAUACGGCAUUCAAGAUGAGGAGCUCACUCUAGAGCAGAACCUCGAAGCAAUUGCCAAGAUCGGCCCGCUUGCCAAGGAAGCUGGUAUUCCGCUAUCGGCCGACUUACAAGAUGGCUACGGCCCACAGAUUGUCUCUGUCAUCAAGAGAGCUGUCGAAGCAGGUGUUGUGGGCGCAAACAUCGAGGAUGUCAGACCCGAAGACAACAGCUUUUAUUCUAUCGAUGAACAAGUUUCACGCCUCAAGACAGUCCUACAAACCGCAGCUGAAGCAGGCUGCGCAGACUUUGUACUCAACGCUCGAUGCGACAUGUUCCACAUCGACCUAGGCCUUUCAGAGGCAGAGGUCAUCAAGGAGGCCGUCGCACGUGGCAAGGCAUACCUCGAGGCGGGCGCCACAACCGUCUUUUACUGGGGCGGCUCGGGACGAGGGCUGAGGACGUCCUGGGUUGAGACUUUGGUCAAGGAGCUUGAUGGAAGAGUCGCGGUCAAGUUGGCGCACAAGACGGAAGACGCGCUGUCGACGAAGGAUCUGGCCAAUAUUGGUGUUGCGAGGAUCAGCGUUGGGCCAAGCUUGUUUUUAUUGGCGCAGGAAGCUACGAAGCAGGCAGCAGAGAGGAUUCUUGCUGGUGGGAACUUGUAG